GGCGCGCCCCCGCAGCUUGGCGGGGCGGCGGCGUCCCUCCAGCAGCAGCAGCAGCAGCAGCAGCAGCAGCACCAGCACCAGCAGCAGCACCUGCAGCGCAGCCUGUCGCCGCUCGGGCACCGCCACCGCGCGGCGCCGCCGGACGCGGGUGCUACCGCUUCUCGUGGCUCUGACGCGACCCCUGCAGGCACGACGGCGGCCGCUGCGACGGCGGCGGCGUGCGCCGCCGGCCGACAGACCGAUUUUGGUGCGGCCAUGCCGCGCGAGGCCUGGUAA